UAUCUCAGUCUGCCUCACAGAGAGAGAGAGAGAGAGAGAGCCAGUGGACAGAAUACAGCAAACCUGAGCUAAAACCAACGAUAGACUUCAGAGAACACAAGAAAUGAGAGCAACCAUCAGACUAAUACACGAGGAAAAACGUUAGAAUUUAAGAAAUUCUACCCAUUUCUGAACCAGGAAUUCCAAACAAACUUCCAUUUAAAAAAACAAGGAGUGCAUGUUGUGUUAGUCAAAGGCAACAAAAAGAAGAGGACAUCUGGAGUCACACCACUGGACUAGGAUGAGCAUGAAUAGCACACUGGAGAAGGGGGCUCAUCACCAGGUCCUGGACCUCUCUGAAGAGCUCCCAAACAACAGCCAUCACCACCACCACCAUCACAAUCACACCGGUCUCCAGCACACCAACUCCUUGGCCUCCACUGUGCCAGCCGGGACCCCAGUGGGUGGGUCUGGAGUGGUUGUGCCUCCACCUUACUCGGCUGCGGAGGCUGGGAGAGGUGAAGCGCCGCUGGAGCUCCGGGGCUCUCUGGACUGCUGGGCGUGCUCCGUGCUGGUGACGGCGCAGAACCUGCUGAUCGCAGCCAUCAAUGCCUGCCUGGCCGGGGUGGUUUUCGGGCUCAUCCUAACUCCUGCUAUUGUCAUGGUGGUGUUCGGCUUCGUCUGCCAUUCAACAGUGCGACCGCACGGUUCAUCACCAUACUGUUCGGAUCUACUGACUGACGGCGGCUGUGUGGCUUUGCUGGUUGUGGGUUUCUUGCUAGUGACGCCGCUCCUGGUUCUGGCCUUGGCUGCGUACUGCCGGCUUGCACGUCACCUUCAGCUGGGUCUGUGUUUUAUUCCAUACAGCCGUGCCGUCUACAAGAACCUUCCAGCGACCCAGCACCAUGGCUUGAGAGGGGGCUGCUGUGGACAGCGAUCUGGGAAAGGAGAAGGGAAGGGGAAGGUGUGGGUGUGAAGGAAACGACUACACUUCUGUUGUACUGGAGAUAUGCAAUGUUGUGAAAGAACACCAUAUGCAUUAUAGACCAAAAAUCCUAAAUAUUUCAAUCUAUAUGACAGACAAAGACAAAGAAUUCCUAUUUACCGAUUUACACCAUGUUUGUCAAUUUUUGAUGCAACUAUUAUAGUGUUAAUUAAUCGAUUUCAGUACUUGACAUUUAUAAAAUAAUCAAAUAUCCAAAAAUGAUGUGUAUGUACUCUUUGUAUAACAAAUGCUAUCUGCAUUCUUAACGGUCAGCACAUUUUUCUGAAAACAUUGUCAAAAAUAUUUUAUAUUUUUUUCUUAAAACCUGUACAGUGUUGUGUAUUUCCCUUUUCUUAAAUGUUAGGCCUAUAUUCAAAUCAUUAAAUUCUGUAAUUUCACAGAA